GUCUAGCCUAAGAUUAACUCACGUGUAUCGAGCGCUCGACCGAUAGCUUGUAACAAUGGCUUGCGUUUGUGGCCAUUGCUGCGCACGACAGGAUAUGCGCGAGUAUAAAACCCUCAACAGUAUCUAGCUAUGAACACCAUCAGACAAGACUCUCACUCUCUCAAACCCUACUCAACGCUCUUUACCGCCAUGAAGGUCACCUUCGUCUUCACCGCCGCGCUCGCCGCCAUCGCCUAUGCGUCCCCCAUGCCCGACGUCGCGUCUCCUCUUGUUGCUCGCGAUCAGCUUGCAGACCACAUCUCUUGCCCUAUCCUCGAUUGCGCGAAGGGCCUCGCGUCGACGGUCAGCGCCUGCGGCAAGGCCGCUAUUUCUCUCGGCCGCAACGUCAUUGCGGACGCCCAAUGCCUGGCGCAGGCGGUCAAGACAGUCACCAACGUGCCGGACGCUUGCAAGCAGUGCUUCGACGAAUUUGGGCUUUGAGGAGUUACUGAUGAGUUUGGCACGAACGGAGUGGCCGAGCUAGCAGUACGAUACCCUUGUGAUUUGCGAAAGUAUACCCCUACUUAUUUAUUGCGUUGCACCGU